AUGAUACCCUGUAAAUCCCGCUCCGAUGCACGAUAUCUAACACAUCGCCUGCCAAGCCAAAUCGAUUUCCUGGCGCAGGAUUCAGCUGUAGGCAACGAGGCACUGAUUCUCUCUUCUCACGCAGUCCAUACAGUAAGUACACUCUUGGCGCAGCGUUGUCAAGACAGGUCCGACUGCGAUGACUGCAUCAGGAAUGCACAGCGACAGAUGUGGCUGAGCCUGUCAUUAUUACCGCGUACGGAGUACGAAGUCGUCUACUACUACGACAGUGGACUGUACAGCCACUCGGUAAGACACACGUGGCUGCUUCAGUCAGGGGCUAUCGGAGGGGCAGGCAAUUUUCUCUUCUUUUGCAGGAUGUUGUCAUCUACCAUUGGGAAGCGUGUAAAGUGUGGCUAUGCUUAUCCAGAGCGUUGA